AAGGGAAGCAAGGAAGAUGCAGAAGUAGGCUGCUGCUAGGCCAGGACCGUGGAUCCAGCCACUCCCUGGGAAGUUUUGGGGUCAGUCCCAGCUGCCUUUUCUCUGGCUGCAGCUCUGCCAUGUGCAAGGACUCUGCCUGUGCGUUUUGUACUGGGGCUACAAGACCAGGAGCCAUGGGAGAGCAGUGGCUGAGAAGGUUUCAAAAUUUUAGUUGGUGCACACAUGACAAUUAGUUUUUCCAAAAGAUGCAGAGAGAAGAAGUAUGAUUAUUACAGCUUGCCAAAAACCUCGGUUGUGAUAGCUUUUUAUAAUGAGGCUUGGUCAACACUGCUACGAACUGUUCAUAGUGUUCUUGAGACAUCUCCAGAUAUACUUUUGGAAGAAGUUAUCCUUGUGGAUGAUUACAGUGACAAAGAACAUUUAAAGGAGACUUUGGAGAACUACGUGGCUGGCUUGCGCAAGGUGCGCCUUAUCCGUGCGAAUAAGAGAGAAGGACUAGUUCGAGCACGGCUGCUGGGGGCUUCAGUAGCAAAAGGGGACAUCCUGACUUUCCUUGAUUGCCACUGUGAAUGCCACGAAGGCUGGCUCGAACCACUUCUGGAGAGAAUUGGGGAGGAGGAGACAGCUGUCGUCUGCCCUGUUAUCGAUGUUAUUGACUGGAAUACAUUUGAGUACCUGGGAAAUGCUGGGGAGCCACAGAUCGGCGGAUUUGACUGGAGACUUGUCUUCACUUGGCACGUAACCCCUGAAAGAGAGCAAAAACGAAGGAAGUCUAAGACUGAUGUGAUCAGGUCUCCAACCAUGGCAGGUGGAUUGUUUGCUGUCAGCAAGAACUAUUUUGAUUAUCUUGGUUCAUAUGAUACAGGAAUGGAAGUCUGGGGGGGAGAAAACCUGGAAUUCUCAUUUAGGAUAUGGCAGUGCGGAGGAAGUCUUGAGAUCCACCCUUGUUCUCAUGUAGGUCAUGUUUUCCCUAAACAAGCUCCAUACUCACGCUCCAAGGCUUUGGCAAACAGUGUACGUGCAGCUGAAGUGUGGAUGGAUGAAUAUAAAGAACUUUAUUACCAUCGAAACCCACAUGCUCGCCUGGAACCAUAUGGAGACGUGACAGAAAGGAGACUCCUUCGAGAGAAGCUCAAAUGUAAGGACUUCAAAUGGUUCUUAGAGAACAUUUACCCAGAGCUUCACGUACCCGAGGACAGACCUGGUUUCUUUGGAAUGCUGAAGAACAGAGGAAUGGCAAACUUCUGUUUUGAUUAUAACCCUCCAAAUGAGCAUGAAGUAACCGGACACAGGGUCAUACUGUACCCAUGUCAUGGCAUGGGACAAAAUCAGUUUUUUGAGUACACAUCCCAUAAUGAAAUACGUUACAACACCCGGCAGCCAGAAGUCUGUGCAGCAGUUGAUUCAGGAACUGACUAUUUGACAAUGUAUUUGUGUGAAGAAAAUAUUCACAAUGUUCCUGAAAAUCAGAAAUUUAUUUUCAGAGAGGAUGGCACUUUGCUUCAUGUACAAACCCAGAAGUGCUUACAAGCAGAGUCGAACUCUUACAAUGGUAAUCCAGCACCACUAUUACGACCAUGUACCAAUUCAGAAUACCAAAAAUGGUUCUUCAAAGACAGAAGUUGAUCCAGAUGUCAUCUAGCAUAUAGCUGAAUAUGAGAAUGUUAUCUUUCUAGUCAGCAGCUAGUCAACCUUUUGAAAAUUAGAUAAUUGAUAUAUUUUUGUAUGGAAAAGAACUGUAAUUAGUUUACAAGCAUUGAACUUUGUUUUCUGGAGCAUUAAAAGGCACUAAGCAUUAAGAGCUACAUAAAAGAAGUACUGUGGUUAUGUCAUGCCACAGAAUCUGUUCCUUUUCUGUUCCCUUUAUCUGGCAGCUACAUAACUGUUUCUAAAGUGUCUUAGGUUCUUUUCACUAGUGACAGUGUAUUUUUGCAAUCUACUGUGUGGCAGUCAAAGUAAGGCAGUCAAAAUAAUUGCACUAAUGUUACCUGCCAAUAACUUAAAAUGUUUAUUUUUCUACUAAAACAUUUUACAGUUGUGCUUUUUAACAGAUACUACUUAUUAAUUUUUUUAUCUUUUAAAUACCAAGAAGGAAAAUGUAGGCCAGAUUCUGCCCUACACGCCUACCCAGAACCCUCACUGAAGACAGUGUG